CUUCUGAGGAAAGAAAGGUUCCCUUUGGUAAGAAAACAUGAAAAUGAAGAUUAUAAUUGACUGUGAUGCUGGUAUUGAUGAUGCCCAAGCUAUCAUGAUAGCGCUAUCUCAAGAGGUUGACGUCUUAGCCAUCACUUGUACAUGUGGCAACGUGAAUGUUGAUCAAGUUACCAAGAACGUGCUAAAGGUCCUUGAGGCCUGCGAGCGAACCGACAUACCAGUGUACAAAGGGGCGUACAGAUCUUUACUAGGAAUCGCCUAUGAGCAACCAUUAUACCAUGGAUUUGAUGGCCUUGGAGAUGCCACUGAUAUUAAAGACCCAGAUACAAGUCUUCUUCAACAAACCCAUGCUGCUCAGGCCUUAGUCCAACUUGUGAAUGAGAACCCUGGCGAAAUUGUCAUCAUUGCUCUUGGCCCUUUGACCAACAUUGCUUUGGCUUCUAACUUUGAUGCUGAAUUUACGAAAAAGGUCAAAGAGGUAUUUAUACUAGGAGGAUGCAUUCAUGGCAAAGGAAAUCAUUGGGUUUCAGCAGAAUUCAACUUUGGUGCUGACCCUGAAGCAGCCUACAUUCUCCUUAAUCAGUUUAAAUGUCCAAUUUCCCUUGUAUCAUGGGAGACCUGUUUAGAGCACCCUUUGGAUUGGGAGUUUUUUGAGCAAUAUGUGGGAGCUGGUACCAAACGAGCAGAAUUCAUGAGGAAGAUUUCAACAAAGAUUAAAGAAUAUGAAGAGAAAAUGAAUGGUGAAUUUAUAUCUUGUGAUCCAUUUGCAUUGUGUGCAGCUCUACAACCAAAGUUUGUUCAAGAAGAAACCUCAGUUCAUGCCACAGUGGAACUCAAGGAGGGAUUGACACGAGGACAGAUGGUGAUUGAUUGGCGGCAAAUGCUACAAAAACCUGUUAAUGUACGAUUAAUUACAAAGAUGGAUUUAGAACUCUUUAAGGAAAUAAUGCUGAACUCUGUUAAAUAACAGAUCCAAGAAUUCACAGUGUAAACUGUGAAAACCAAUGCAGUCAUAAUUUUUGAUGAUAAAAAAGAUGGGAUUAGGUUUCUGUUAUUCAUAAGAGCUCUUAUCAGAGCAAGUUUCAAUACUUUUGUUAAAGAUAAUGCAGCAUGCUCUGCUUCUCUGCAAUAUAAAACAAUUAUAACAUUAUUUUUUUUAAUCACUUUACUGUUGUACUCUUUCAAUAUUUUACUUAAAUAAUCAUUCAUGUAUUCCAGGAUGGUGUCUAGAGAUGCUUGAUCUUAGAGAGGGGAAGGAACUUGCAUCAUAAACAUACUUAUACAAGCCAUAGUCAUAUUUAAUUAAAGGUAUCUUUAGAAACAAACA